AUGGAGAUAGCUUUACCAGAAUUUAGGAUUCGUGAUUCACCCCCUAGCUUAGCGUUAGAUAGCAGUUCAUUGCCCCCGAUAAAAAAAAUUGACAUAUAUGGAGAUAAAUCGCAGAUAUCAUCAUUGCGAAAUCAUGAUCGUAAUCGAAUCAAAUUAAUAAGUCCCAAAAUUAACACUAGCAAUUCUUAUGGAAAUCAUGUUAACGACGACGUAGAGCCAGACAUGAUAAAAAAUCGAUCUGAAUCUUUUUGUAGUUCCCAAAAAACUUUGGUGAGCUCAGUUCCUGAAUUUCUCGAAAGCGAUAAUCCUAUCAUGGAAAGUCCUGAUGAGAUGAGCGAUGAUGUGCAAAUAACUAAUAAUGCACAUAUAAGUGCUGAUGAACAAAAAGCAGAUAAUUUGCAUAAAAAUUUACAAAGAAAUAAUGUUCAUCCUCUUCGAAAACCUACUUAUGAACUAAAUGCAUUGAUAAUUUUGGUUUCUAUUGGAUCAUAUGUUCUUGGUUAUUUGG